AUGGAGUACAUGAUUGAGGAAAAUCUCGAUUUGGGCUUUGGCGACUACGAUGACGAGAACUCGGAUGAAACGAUGUUCGAAUGGUGGAAUUCGCUCGGAUUCGGUGGCUUUGUGGGUCUCAGUGGCCGGGUGCUGCCCUUUCCUUUUCCGCCUUUUCCUCAUUUUCCCCCUUUUCCUACUCCUCCAGCCGCAUUCAAGCGAGCGGCCGCCUCCUGCCGACAAUUGUUGCCCACUCUUCCCUCGAUUCCCAAUUUACCAGCUCUUCCAUUCUUGCCCACGAUUUCCCAUUUACCCAAUCUGCCCACCCUGUUCUCCAUUCCGUAUAUUCCAAAUCUACCCACCUUUCCACUACCGUCGAUCCCGGCGAUUCAAACUUUUCUCUACAUUCCGAAUAUUCCGACAAUGCCUUUUCCAUUACCCGAUUUCACUGCGUUGAAUAUUUACGACAUUCUUGGGUACUCUGAUUCGGUGAACUCGUCUCCAGCCUCAUCGACGGCUUCAACACCGAAUCUCCUCUUUCUUCAAUUUCACUACCCGAACUUGCCGAUUUUGAGAAGAUCAUGUGAUGCAUCAUUCGAGUCAACGUACUUUGAGUCGCCAAAUGUGAAGAAUGAUAUCAAGGAAUUGAUCAAACAGACGCUUGUUGUCAUUCGAUCGCUUGUUAACAAUGAUCAAGAACCACCGUCUUCUCUGCUCAAGUUGAACAUGAUUGCCGACAAAGAGAAAGGAUGGUUGUUGGUAGUAAAGAGUCUCGUUGAAGCUGUACCCGAUGAGGAUCCGCUUGGACCAGCCGUAAUUACCCUAUUUCUUGAUGAAAGCCCUCUGCCAACUAGGGAAGCUGUCGGUCGAUUGCUUUUCUCGUUUUCGUUGAACACCCCCGAAUGCUCGUCACAACCAUCAUUUUGGCAUCGAAACGCAUGCAUUGUGCUUGGAAGUUUGGCUGAGAAGCUAGCUGGCGCAUCAAGUGUCUCAAUGUGUACGCCGUCAGUAUUGCAAUAUUUGAUCAAAAACUUGAAUCCUUCAUACCCCCGACAAGUCAUUCUCUUCUCGUUGAUCGCACUUGAGAAGUUUGCGCAAACGACCGAGAAUCGACACAUCAUCACAAAGGCUUUGGAAAAUGGAGGAGUCCAUCCAUUGGAGGAUCUUGAGCAAAUACUUUACGAUACAUCCUUGUCCAAUGAUUGGUUGGCCCAGCAAGUCGGUUUUUGUGCUCAAUGGAGUUUGGAUAAUAUCUUUGUCCGACCUGGUCGGGUCUACUCGUACAAAAGGACGGAUGUUUCUUCAAUAAAUGCGAUGUUAAAUCACGAGGAUGUGAGCGAGUAUCUGAAGAUUUCGCCCGAUGGUUUAGAGGCUCGAUGCGACGUUUCAUCUUUUGAGUCGGUUCGAUGCACUUUUGAGGUCAACGAAGGAAUUUGGUACUAUGAAGCAACCGUUCUGACGCCCGGUGUCAUGCAAAUUGGCUUUGCAACAAAGAGGAGCCGCUUCUUAAAUCAUGAAGGCUAUGGCAUUGGUGAUGAUGAGAAUUCGGUGGCUUAUGAUGGAUGUCGGCAACUUUUGUGGCACAACGCGCAUAGCAGUCGGCACGAUCAUCAACCGUGGAAAGCGGGCGACGUUGUUGGAUGCUUGUUGAAUUUGCCGAAGAGUCAAGUGAUCUUCUAUCUCAACGGAAAACCCCUGACUCGCCCACAUACAGCCUUUUUGUUAAACCGCUGUUCGGUUGAUGGAAUUUUUGCUGCAGCGUCAUUCAUGUCAUUCCAACAUUGUCGCUUUAACUUUGGCAAUUCAUCUUUCGCUUUUCCCCCAAAGGGACUCUCGUUUAGAACAUUCAACGAAGCAGGCGUAAAGUUGACAGAUUCGCAGAAGACUAUCCUUCCUCGUCGAUGCCGACUUGAGAUGAUCCAGAAAGUAGCGAUACCCGAUGAUUAUUGCAAUAUCUGCUAUGCGAAUCCGGCCGACACAACACUGAUUCCCUGUUCACAUGGAGAUCUCUGCUCGACGUGUGCCCUUCAAUUGGAGAGUUGCCCGAUAUGUCGAUCGGCAAUCUUCCAACGGAACUCAAUCCCGAAAAGCUCGUCCACUCAAUCGGCUCCGAAUUUUGGCUCAAAUGACAUCCACACGACCGUG